AUGGGUAUUUUUGGCCUACUCACUGUUUAUAAUAUUCUUUAUUCGCAACGACACAGUUUGAUAACAACACUGUCGAUAUAUCGUCGAUCAAAAACAAGAGAUUAUCGAACAAUGACCUUAAUGCAGACAAUAUUCGUCGUUAUUCUAACUAUUCCAUUUGGAAUUUUUAAUAUUUAUGACACAAGUACAAGCGGUCAAGAGAAAUCGGAUUUGACUAUAGAAUGGGAAGAGUUUGCUAGUUGUAUAACACGUAUACUGUGGUUUACGAACGAUGCAGUAGGAUUUUAUAUCUAUUCGCUAGCAGCGCCAUCAUUUCGAGCAGAAUUUAAGAGUGUUAUGACAGAUUUUCUAGCGAGAAUACAAAAAUGCAGUUUAAUUCAUAAACCUAUAACAACAGUUGCUGUCAUCCAUGUUAUUGCAAAAAAUCAAGCGUUCAUCGACACAGAACAAAUUCAUUUAAGUGGGCGAUAUUCCCACGCUUGA